AUGACUUCAAAAUUUAAAUAGUUGCUUUAUAAUAGAUAGGCUAUUGAAUUUAUAGGCAAUAAGAUAAAUGAUUCAUAUCCUGCUUUUGACUAAAAGCUUUUUUUAAAUUUGGUUUUUGACAAAUAAUGGGAAAAAGUAGAAACUAAAUAAUGCAUAGUUCAUGUAAGUGAGAAAAUACACUUAGCUUUAAAUAAAUCAUAUUUAGAAUCCUUAGAAAUUCUUCUUCAUGCUAAUAAAAGCCUAAGCUUUAACUAUUCUAAUUUUGUUUUCCCUGAAUAUGUAAGUUUAUAUGGAUUAGAUUACUUUGAAGAAUCUAUGAACGCCCUAAAAGAAUUUACAAGAAAUAGCUCAUCUGAAUUUGCAAUAAGAUAAUUUAUGCUUAGAAGUUAAACAAAAACAAUGCAGUAUUUGUACGAAUGGACAAAAGAUUAAGAUUAUCAUGUUAGAAGGUUAGCAAGUGAAGGAUGCAGGCCUAUUUUACCUUGGGGCUUUAGAUUAUAAUAACUUGUUAAAGAUCCAACUCCUAUAAUUCCUAUUUUGGAGUAGCUAAACUAAGACCCAGAGUUGUAUGUUUAGAGAAGUGUAUCAAACAAUUUAAAUGAUAUAAGUAGACAUCAUCCUGAUUUAGUUAUUUAAUUAUGUAGAGAAUGGAGUAAAAUAAACAAUAAUUCAACUAAAUUUAUUAUAAAGAAGGCAUUUAGGACUAUUUUAAAGUAAGGAAAUUAAGAAGCUUUAUAAAUAUUGGGAGUAGGAGCUAAAGAAUAAGUUAGAGUUUCUAAUCUUAAAAUACAUGAAAAAAACAUAAAAAUUGGAUCUUAAUUUACAUUUAGUUUUGAUAUUGAAGACAUUUCAACUAAAGAAAAUACUAAUGAAUUAUAGUUAAAUGAAUAGGAUAAAUCAUUUUUAUAAAGCAAUUUAGUAGAUAUUUAGAAUGUCUAGAAUAGCACAAAUUAAAAGAAAACAUAAAAAUCAUAAAAUAAAGAAGAUAAAAAUAUAGUGAGAAUAGAAUACAAGAUUUAUUAUCUAAAAAAGAAUGGAAAACACUUACCUAAAGUAUUCAUGAUGCGUUACAAUUAUAAUCUAAAAAAUAAAGUUAACUCAUUGUAAGGGCGUCAUAAGGUAGAAUAAGUAAUAGGAAAAAUCCACUAUCCUGGAAUUCAUUACAUAUCAAUUAUAGUUAACGGGAUAGAAAUGGCUAAAGAAGAAUUUUAUUUACAUGAAUAAGAGCAGUGA